GUUCAAUUCACACAGCUGGUCCGUGAAAUGGAAAGUCAGGACAAUGAAGUAGCUCGCCUGCACAACCAGAUCCGAAGUCACUACCUACCCCCCGUCUCCAUCAGCUCUACCGUGGACACCUCCCUGUGAGCUGGUAGCUGUUAAUCCAGUGAUAUAAGAAUCUCAAGUGAAACAAAACUGUUUAAAAAUGAGGAGAAGACGGGUUUACCAAUACUUUGUGUGUGCGUCCGUGCUCGUUUACAUAUACUACUUCUUCGGUGUGGGUGACUACAUUUUCUCGAAAAGCUACGACGAUAAUUUCGACUACCCACUCAGCAUUGACAUUAGACCAGUGGUAAAUGAAGUGCUCUCCGGAAAAAAACCGAGCGUCGCCCCAAUAAAUUUGUAUCCGUACAGAUUCUUGAGUAAUUCCGGAAAAUGUUCAACACUGGAGAAGCUGGAUUUGUUCAUUGUCGUAAAAUCCGCUAUGGACAACUUUGCGAAGCGGAACGGCAUACGACAGACUUACGGACAAGAAAACAUAAUACCCGGAAGAAUUGUGAGGGUUCUAUUCUUUCUAGGGAUCGGUGAUUCCAAGUCAAUCACCCAAAUGAGGGUGGAUCGAGAAAUGGCUGACCACAAAGACAUAAUACAAAUAGAUUUUCACGAUAGCUACUAUAAUAAUACGAUAAAAACAAUGAUGUCAUUCCGUUGGCUGUACGAACACUGUUCCACCGCUGAUUUCUACUUAUUUACGGAUGACGAUAUGUUUGUAUCCGUUAAAAAUCUAUUAGAUUACCUUUACGAUAAUCCAUCUACAUCUAGUGCGAAUGAGAUAGAGAGUGCUAAAAAUAAUAAGAUGGUUGUAGGAAAUGAAAGAGAUGGCAUUUUGUUUGCCGGGUACGUGUUUAAUUCAUCACCUCAACGUUUUAGUUGGAGCAAAUGGAGAGUUUCCUUAGAUGAGUAUCCGUGGAACAAAUGGCCACCGUACGUAACUGCCGGAGCUUACGUGGUCUCAAACCGUUGUAUGAAGCUUUUUCACGUGGGUAGUUUGUUCGUGAAAAACUUCAGAUUCGAUGACAUCUAUUUGGGUAUAGUCGCGAAGAAAUUGGGUGUUAAACCUACGCACUGUUCGAGGUUCCAUUUCUACAAGAAGAGUUAUAGUGAGAGUGGAUAUCAAGAUGUGAUUGCUUCUCACGGUUAUAGUGAUCCGGACGAGUUGUAUAGAGUUUGGAAUGAACUGAAUAAGUCUUAAAAAGUAAACAAAUGCUGUCGAUACACAAAAAUGAUAGAUCUAAAAGUUGAUAUUUCCUUUUUCACAGAGAACAUUGUGAGAAGGCUAGUAAUAGUUAUUCAUGACAUUUUCAUUUGUCAUUUUCGUGAAGAGAUCAGAGUGCCAAGUGUCAGAUUUUUUACCAACGUUUACUUAGACGAUCGUGUGAAAAAAAAUACGAUUUAUAUGGUACAACAAAAGUACAACCAUUAUCGUUGACUGAACUUGUGGACCUUUCCACUGCUGGACUUAGUUCUAUGUAAUGUUCACUUCGGGUGCUGUGUCGCCGUUGCAAAAUCUUCAUACCUACUUUAAAUCGUCUCGGAGCUAAAUUAAAAAAAAAACCUGUUGUUGAUGGACGUAAAUGUGAGAGAAUCGGAUCUAAUGGGAUAUUAGAAUAAAGAACCAUUUGGUUUUUUUAAGAAAAAAUACAGAACUUUUUGUAUUUGAUUAUGCCAUGUGUGCUUUAUUAAUAAUAAACUAUUUGGCUGUACGGUGGUACACCUUUGCCUUUUCCCAAAAAAUAAUAUAGUUUCGAUGUUUAACACCUGCAAGGCGUCCCGUGAAAGGUAAUUUUAUUUUUUAAUUUAAAUAGAAAUCAAAAAUGCUCGGAGAAAGUUUCCUGAUCAAAAAUAUGGCUAUUAUUAUAUUCUUGUAGUAUUGUACGAUUUACAAAAUAACGUAUUAAGAAGACUGUUUUAGAAUCUGCUUUUCGAAUGUAAAUACUUUUACGUAAAUCCUUAGUAUGAAAUUUGCACGCAUGGUCUUAGUCGCCUCGUACGACUACUUAGAUAAUCGCAAACAGACACGAUUGCGGGCACGCAAAUUUCGUACUAAGGUCUCAUAUAGCUCUUUUAAAGGCUCACAAAUUCGAUAUAAAUACUUAAUUAGCAUAUAUUGUUUAUAGUUAUAAUGUCUACUAAUAUUAUAAAUCUGAUGUUUGUUAGUACGUUUGAACGCUGUAUUCACAUGAAAUAGAUUAAAUAAAAAUUGGGGCUUAGUGAUUAAAAAUAGCUUUUUCCCAGCUGCCUGCUAGUCUGGCUAAGAGACAUUUUUCUCUCAGGGGAAUGGAUAUACUAUGCCCUGUUGCCAUGCUUGAACAGGUGGACACGUUUAUUCCUUGUCAGGGGACAUAAUCGGGGGCUAGCUUAGCCUAGCGGAGAGAAUUAAAAUAUUUUUUUCUGCUAGGCUAAGCUAGUCGUGAAAAUGGCCCAUAAGCCAGUUAGUUACGAUCUGUGUUUUCCAAUAGCCAUGUCUUUCAAACUAAUUUUAGGAUAUUCUUUGUUAUAUAAAUGUACAUCGCACAUUAUAUCGGCUCAACACCGGAUACUUUAACCCUCUGUCAUUUUGUAUAUUAUACUAUUCAUUGAAUUUCAAAAAGAUGUUAUUUUACUAUAAAUAUUGUUUAGACUUUUUUUGUCAAAAGUAAAAGAUAACUAUAUUGAUGAAUCUAUCUAAUUUCGGGCGUGGUAGAGUUCUUGCAAAUGCCCUCAAACGCGUGUGAAGUCCAACACUUGGCCAGUGGCCAGCCUGGUGGACUUCUUAACCUCAACUUAUUUCAACACUCCUCAACAUUUCUUGUUCUAGUUCUAGUUCUAGUUCUAGGAAAGGUAAAACAGUUUAGUUAUCGUAUUGGCAUCAGCUGGGACUGUCAUUGAUGCAAGUACUGCAAAGAAGUCGAAAAUGUAAAGUGCAUAUUGUGUUAUGUAGUUACCUGCUUAAAAAAUACUUUUUCAACGAAAAAAAUAAAUAAAACUAAAGGGCAAAAUGUAAAGUAUAAUAUACAUUGUCAAUAGUGACAAUGUAUAGUACAUAAUAUGCAUUUUAACUUAUGUAUUAUAAAAUUGUUUAGUGUUAACUGUUUCGGAAUAAAAUAAAAAAACUACUUUUUGCCUUUGAUCAAUCAAUCUAUGAAACACAAUUGUAACAGCUGACUUAGGCCCUCAUUAGCAAACUAGUUUUAAUAUGAUCACGUAUGCUUUUCUAUGUUUCUGCCAGUAAUCAGUGAUUUUCAUACUAUGUACUCUACCUAUAUAAAAUUAUAAAAAAAUACUCAAAAUUAUUAUAUUUAAGCAGUAGAUAGUUACAUAUUGCUUGUUUAAAGAAUAACACCUGUAAAAUACCUAGAUAUUUUAAUCAGUAAUCCUUUUGUGAAUGCAUUAGUGAUUGAAUUAGUAUGCUAAUUAAAACAAAUACAGCGAU